AUGAACGUUGGCAAGAUGAAGACCCCGAAAUCUUUGACUAUAGUUAUAAAGUUAGGGACCAGUUCCAUCGUGGAUGAGAAAACUCAUGAGCCGUUAUUGAGUAUUUUGAGUUUGAUUGUUGAGACUGCUGUGAGACUACACAAAGAUGGACACAAAGUUAUUAUUGUAUCCUCCGGAGCUAUUGGAGUUGGACUUCGAAGAAUGGACCUGGAUAAGAGGCCAAAACAUCUUCCCCGAGUACAAGCUUUAGCAGCAAUCGGACAAUGUCGUCUUAUAAGUCUAUGGGAUAGCUUGUUCGCUCACUUACAACAACCUGUUGCACAAAUUUUACUCACGAGAAAUGAUAUUGCAGAUCGAACCCAAUACCGAAAUGCUCAAAACACCUUGCACGAGCUUCUCGAGAUGGGCGUCAUCCCUAUCGUUAACGAAAACGAUACCCUAGCUGUCGCUGAAAUCAAAUUCGGAGACAAUGAUACUCUAUCUGCAAUCACUGCGGCUAUGCUCCAUGCAGAUUACUUAUUCCUGAUGACUGAUGUCGACUGUCUCUAUGAUAAAAACCCUCGAACGCAUCCAGAUGCACAAGCAAUUGAGGUUGUUGAAGACAUCUCCGCAUUACAGGCCGAUGUAUCAAGUGCUGGCUCUAGCCUCGGUACAGGGGGAAUGUCCACAAAAAUAGUUGCUGCCCGUCUAGCCACCUCCGCAGGUGUGACAACUGUCAUAACACGGUCCUCUAGCCCAGGAAACAUUGCAAGUAUUGUGAGCUAUGUUCAAUCCCUCAAAAAUUCCGCUUUGGGCGGUAGGGGCGGUGAUGUUAUUUCGCAAUCACAGACACCAGAAACUCUCACGAGAUCCAAUUCCACACUAUCUCUUACUGGUUUAACGUCAUCGCUUGUGGAGCCACCUCUACAUACCAGGUUCCUUCCCUCGCAUCAGCCGAUCAGGGACCGCUAUUUCUGGCUUCUACAUGGCCUCUCUCCACAUGGAACGAUCUAUAUUGAUGCUGGUGCUCAUCGAGCAUUGGCGGCCAAAGCCGGUCUGCUUCCUGCCGGGAUUGUAGAUGUAGAGGGCAGCUUUGCCCAGCAAGAAGCCGUGCGUCUAGUAGUUGUCGAGCGCCCAGGAUCGUCAGAUGCAAAGAUUGUGGCAGGGUCAGGAGUCGAAGUGGGUAGGGCGUUAGUAAACUACAGUGCAAUGGAGAUAGCUAGGAUUAAAGGUGUGAGAAGUAGUGAAAUACAUGGAUUGUUAGGCUAUGCAGAUAGUGAGUAUGUUGCUUUGAGGGAGAAUAUAAGCUUCUUCGAAAGAGGGAGUAGAAGUGCAACACCGGUUCUCAGUUAG